GGAGGGGAGCGGGGUGCGGGAGCUCUCCCCGCGGAAGAGGCCGCCGGCCGCCGCCGAGGAGGAGCGCUGCGCCAGCCGCCCGCCGCCCGAGGGAGCGGGAGCCGCCGCGGGCAGCGCUUCGGCCGCUGGAGCGGGCGGCGGCCGGGGGCUGGUGCCGCAGCUGCCAGGCGCAGCUGGCCGAGCUGAGGAGGCAGGCGGCCCGGCUGGCUGCCGGCGGCUGCCCGCCCAACGCCCCGCCGGACCCACGAUUAUCAGCUUUAAUUUUUGACAAGCUUCAAGUGCCUGACUAUUUGCAGAAAAACAGGAAUGAAGGAGAGAGCAGAUGUGAGACUUGUGCCACUCACUUGAAUCAGCUGAAGCAGGAAGCCAUUCAGAUGAUGCACACCCUCAGCCAGACCAGCUACCCAGAGAUGCCCGACCUCCCGCCCGGCGCCGGGGCAGUGACCAGCAUGGUACCCAGGAUGGUCACUGUCUCUUCCCAGAGGGACCUGCCACUCAUUGCUGGGCAGGUGGGCAGGCAGCCUGGAAAGCCUCCCAGUCUCUUCUCUGCAGCAGAGAGGAAGAAAGGACUCGGAUGGUCUCAAGGUGUGGGCAGCUUUCCCAACUCCAGCGUUCAAGUGACGGUGGCCCCCAGCGGUCUCAGUGGUGCCCUGAGCUCUGUCACCAUCCAAGCUCAGCAGUACCUCGAGGGCAUGUGGAGUAUCUCCAGAGUGAACAGCUUCCUGCCUCAGGCUUGUCUACAGGGGGAGGCAGCACCCGAAAGCAGCCGAGAUGUUGCCAGUGCUCAGAUCGGCUCAGGGCAGCCCAGCUCGGACCCCACGGGCACGGCCGCGCCCCAGAGCGUGGUGGCUCCAGCCGGGGUCUCGGCAGGCACCUCGGCUGCAGCUUCCUUCUUCAUAAGAGCAGCACAGAAGCUUAACCUGUCUUCGAAGAGAAAGAAAUGCCAUCCACCCCUGCCACACACACACGACUUCUCUAUUUAUGCUACUAACUUCAGUGGCAUCCUGCAGCUCUGUCCUCCCCCAGCACCACCAUGCCUUCUGAGAGCUGUGUCCAAAAUCAAGGACAACCCUGGCAUUGGAAAGGUGAAAGUGAUGGUAAGGAUUUGUUCCUCUCAAGGGACACAUGAAACGUCUGAAUCCAUGUCCUUCCUAAAGGUAGACCCACGAAAAAAACAAAUCACAUUUUAUGAUCCAGCAGCAACUGGGCCUUCCAAUGCAGGUCACAGAAGAGGUGUUGUUGCUGUCCCAAAGAUGUUUGCCUUUGAUGCAGUUUUCCCCCAGGAUGCUUCACAGGCUGAGGUAUGCUCUGGAACAGUAGCAGAAGUAAUCCAGUCUGUUGUGAAUGGUGCAGAUGGUUGCAUAUUUUGCUUUGGUCAUGUCAAGCUUGGAAAAUCUUUUACCAUGAUUGGGAAAGAUAACUCCACACAAAGCCUUGGUAUCAUCCCCUGUGCAAUUUCUUGGCUCUUCAAAUUGAUCAAUGAACGUAAAGAAAAAACUGGAACUCGUUUCUCUAUUAGAGUAUCUGCUGUAGAGAUCAGUGGCAAAGAUGAAAACCUUAAGGAUUUGUUAGCUGAAGUAGCCACUGGCAGCCUUCAGGAUGGCCAGUCUCCUGGGGUUUAUCUGAGAGAAGAUCCAAUAUGUGGAACCCAGCUUCAAAACCAAAGUGAGCUAAGGGCCCCAACAGCAGAGAAAGCUGCCUUUUUCCUUGAUGCUGCAAUUGCUGCCAGAAGCACCAGCAAGCCUGAAUGUGAGGAGGAAGAUAGGAGGAAUUCACACAUGCUCUUUACUCUUCACAUAUACCAGUAUCGCAUGGAGAAGAGUGGCAAAGGAGGAAUGUCUGGAGGACGUAGUCGCUUGCAUCUCAUUGAUCUGGGGAGCUGUGAAAAAGUGCUGAGCAAGAGCCGAGAUGGAGGAGGCUCUCUGUGUCUGUCUCUCUCUGCCCUGGGCAACGUAAUUUUGGCCUUAAUUAAUGGUGCUAAGCAUGUGCCAUAUAAGGACAACAAGUUGACAAUGUUGUUGAGGGAAUCACUUGGAAACAUCAACUGCAGGACUACUAUGAUUGCACACAUUUCUGACUCCCCAGCCAAUUAUGCAGAGACUCUCACAACUGUUCAGCUCGCAUCACGAAUCCACCGCAUGAGAAAGAAGAAAUCCAAGUAUGCAUCCAGCUCGUCUGGAGGAGAGAGUUCAUGUGAGGAAGGACAUGUCCGGAGACCGCCCCAUUUGCGACCAUUCCACCCUCGAACUGUUGCUCUUGACCCUGACCUUCCUGUCCUGAAUAUAUCCAGUGAUCCUGAUUAUUCCUCCAGCAGUGAACAGUCUUGUGAUACUGUCAUCUAUGUUGGUCCCAAUGGUGCAGCUUUGUCUGACAGGGAAUUGACAGAUAAUGAAGGUCCACCAGAGUUUGUUCCCAUUAUCCCAUCCCUAAAUAAGAAGAGAAAUAAAGAUAAUUCUGCUGUUAGUAGGAGUUCUGACAAGGACCAUUUCAAAUGCAACACUUUUGCUGAACUGCAGGAAAGGUUAGAGUGCAUUGAUGGAAGUGAGGAACCCAUGAAAUAUGCUUGUGGAGAAAUCUCUGUAGGGUCCAAUUGUAGUCCUGUUCCUGGAAGUACAGAAAAUGCACAGUCUAAGUUGAUAAAGGAAAAAGUAUCCUCUCCUUCUGGAGGACUUAAGAAACCGAUUCUGCAAGAAACUGCAUCUCCCAAAAAAGGAUAUAACCUUCCUUUCCAGUCUGUUGCACCAAGGGGUAGCAAUGGCAACUGUCAAGAAAAUAGCACAUCUCACUUGAAAGCAGAGCUUUCCAAGCUGCAGAGCAGAGCUGACAACAAAAUAAUAGACUCUGUCCUAGAGGGGGAGAGAGAGACAAUCACUGAUUCCCUGCAGACUCCAAGGUGUAGCCCUUUGAGGAAUCCAGAGCAGAAUAAGGCCACAGCUGAGUGUGUCACUAAGGAAAAGUCCUUGUACAUGAAGAGACCCUUGCCAAGCCCAGCGCCUCCCCCUCCACAGCAGAGAGAACACUCCCCAAGCUCCAAAGCUGAGAAUUUGGAGCCUGACAACAGCAAUGCAGUUCGGACUCCUCCUGUGGGAAUGAGCAAACAGAUGGGAAACAAACCUGAGCAAAACCCUUUAGGAGGAAGCACAUUCCUUGUUGGUAGCAACACGCAGAGUCAGUCGGGUGCGAUAGAGGUACACAGCUUCAGGUCAGCAUUCAGAGGGAAGUGUUUUGAUCGGGAUAUACUGACCACCACAGUGACUUUGCAGCAGCCUGUUGAGCUGAAUGGAGAGGAUGAGCUUGUUUUCACAGUGGUGGAAGAGCUCUCUAUUAGUGGAGUUAUGGAUAAUGGGAGACCUUCCAGUAUCAUUAGCUUUAACAGUGACUGCUCCCUUCAGGCCCUUGCAUCGGGUUCGAGGCCGGUCAGUAUUAUCAGCAGCAUAAAUGAUGAGUUUGAUGCUUAUACCUCACAGGAGACUUCUACUGGUGUAAAUAUUGAUAUUGUUGUGCCCUUUGCUAAGGAUCCCUUUACCAGCAGCAGACGUUCCUCCAUCAGUUCAUGGCUUAGUGAAGUCAGCAUUUGUACAAUUGAAAGUGAUGGAGCCCAGUCUAGUGACAGUUUUGUUGCACAGUCAUCUUACAACUGUAAUAAGUCUGAGGAACCCUUCAACUUGGACUCAUCCCAUUUAUGUGUCCCCCUGAAAAGUGCUCUGAAUGACAGUGGAUUUUGCUUCUCUGAGCUGGAGAGUGAGAGCUUGAGUUCCAGCAAGCUUUCCUCAGGCAUCAGUAAAAGCCCUCAAACCUCUGAAACUACCAAAGCAUCUCAGAUAAAAAGUGCUUUUUGUGUCACUGAUCAGCCAGUAAAAAUCAAAUUUAGUAAUUCUCGUGAUGCGCCUGUGAUAGAAACAAUACAUUCUAGUCUUCCUAGGAAAACAAAAACUACCUCUUCUCCAAUCCACAAUAAUACUGUCCUCAGCUAUAAAGAGCUGCAGAAUCCACAUGGUAUAUUUGAAGAUCCUUGGCUGUUACGCACCGAUUAUCACUUGGAAGCAAAACCUGCAGAGUCGCUUCUGUCUCCAAAACCUCACACGUUUGGUACUGAGAAGCAGCCAGAAAAAGCUGCCCAGGGUUUUGGCACAGAGUCCAGGCCAACAAAGUCACAGACUAUGCUUGGCUGUUCGCAGAGGGUUGUGGAUGGUUGUGAAAUGGCCUGCAAAUCCUCCAGCGGAGCUGCCAAGAAGUCAGAAAUUGCGAUGAAGAUGCCACAGCUGAAGAGAGGAGCCACCACACUGGGAGUGACGCCAGUGACACAUGCUAACAGUACUUUGCCGGAGUGUGUGAUCCGAGGGAAUUCGGAUGCUCCCCUGGCCACUGGCAGCUUGAAAUCGUCCCUGGGAAAGAAGAACGCACCACAGAAAUCAACCAUGUUGCCCAGGCCAGGUGGGCCAACACCUCCAACACCUCCUGUACGUAAAUCGAGCCUGGAGCAGAAACCUGUUGGUCUGGGCAAUGGUGGGGGGAAAGCCUCUGGCCUGGACUUUGCCAGAGCUGCCACACCAAAGGCUGAAGACGAAGCAGAUUUACGGUUGAAAGCUGGCUCUUACUUUAGUGAAAGUGCCAGCUACAAAAUGAACUUGAAGGGUGACCACUCUUUGCCCAAGAUGACGUCCAGCUUAAAGGUGAAGGCGUCAAAGAGUGAAAGUGUGCACCGAUACGGGAGCCACAUGUCUCUGGAGAGGUGUGACAGCCUGACAUCAGUUGGAUCCAAAGCAAGCAUGGUGAGGGACAGCGGGAGCACUGGCAGCAGCCGUGCAGGGCGCUCUGUCCCCAGGCUGGGGGUCCCUCCUGUUGCUUCCAGUAUGGGCUUACCGCUGCCCUUCACCACUCCUGCACCUGGUAAAAACAACCAGGCAAAACCCACAGCUAACCAGAAGGUGCAAGCCAAUGGGAAUAAAAACCGGGGCCUCUCUGCCAGUGGGUCAAAGUCUCUCAGCUCCUCUGUGAAGUCCCUGGCACAGCCUGCAGGGAAGGGCGCUGGCAUGGCCCCUGCUGGGAAGGCAGCCCCCCGUUCUGUGCAGCCUGUCAGCAGCAAACCCGGCCGCGGGACCAUCAUGGGCACCAAGCAGGCCAUGAGGGCAGCCAACAGCCGCGUGAACGAGCUGGUGUCGGGUGGCUCUGCCAAGGCGGGACACUUCCGAGGCUCCACCGACUCUGACAGCGGCAAUGACAGCGGCAUCAACCUCAGCGACGAGAAGUCACAGAUGCCGGUGCUGCCGUCGCCCUACAGCAAGAUCACAGCCCCGCGGCGGCCGCAGCGCUACAGCAGUGGGCAUGGCAGUGACAACAGCAGCGUUCUGAGCGGGGAGCUGCCGCCAGCCAUGGGCAGGACGGCUCUCUUCUACCACAGCGGGGGCAGCAGCGGCUAUGAGAGCAUGAUUCGGGACAGCGAGGCCACUGGCAGUGCCUCCUCGGCACACGACUCCAUGAGCGAGAGCGGGAUGUCCUCGCCGGGUCGCAUGAGGAGCCUUAAAUCCCCCAAGAAACGGUCAACAGGUCUCCAGCGGCGCAGACUGAUUCCUGCACCAUUGCCAGAUGCUGCCUCCUUAGGAAGAAAACCCAGUGUCACUGGCCAAUGGGUUGAUCUACCACCUUUGCCAGGCACUUUGAAAGAGCCAUUUGAAAUUAAAGUUUAUGAGAUUGAUGAUGUGGAACGAUUACAGCGACACAGACAAGAGGAAACUGAGGGUCUGAUGUAUUUCCAUACCAAGCUGAAGAUACUAGAGAGGCGCCAGCAGCGAAUCAGGGAAAUAAAGGCAAAGCACGAAUUUCUGAAGGAAGAGUUAGAAGAGACAAAGUGCAGGUUGAUGAUGGAUCCAAACAAGUGGAAGGAAGAUUUUGAAGUGGAUCCUGAUCUGGAUAAGGAGUCACAGGAGUACCUGGAGGCACUGGAACAAGUGACAGAGGAGCUGGAGCAGUGUGUUAAUCUGUGCAAGUCACACAUCAUGAUAGUGACGUGCUUCGAUAUCGGGAUAAGCGAUGCGCAGGACGGAGUGCGGGAGGUGGAGGUUUGAGGAGAGGUUUCUCAAGGGACUGGGCAAGUGAGGCUGGGUCGUCCAGCAUGAAGAAGUAAACGGAUAAAGUAGCUGGGAAGUGAAGGAGGAAAGGUGAAGACUAAAAAGCAACAAUGAAUGUUGUAAGAGAAAGAAACAGCUGAGGAGUGGGAAUGUUCAUAAAUCAUUUGGUGCCUCAACGUGACCUGAGCUGUACAAAGGUAAAAGUAGGAACAAGUAUUGCUUCUACCAGAGGGAAGUGAAGCAAUUUAGUACAAACCCUGAUGUUAAUUAACAAACAAACAUGAAAUGGAAGUGCCUUUAAAGUUCAUUUGGUUUUCAUUUUUGUAUUUGGUGCUAGAAUUAAAGCCAGCAAACCUAAGCAGACCACAAAAUGUAUUCCUACAAAAUAUUUUAUACUGUAUAGUGUAUUUAUGAUUAUAUGUAAAAACAAACAACAUUGUAGCAAAAGCAAUAAGUAAAUUAUGUUUUCAUACCUGAACUUGCCUUCUUGUUUCAUAGAAAAGCUGUUUUAUGUAGCAGAAUUAAAAUUGUAUUAUAAUUGUUUUCUUGUUUAGGGUUCAAAAUAUUUUUAUGAACAUUUAUCUAUUGAGAAGGAGUAUUAUGGCAUUUUGAGAUGAUUGUUUUACCUUCAGGUUUUGUAUUAUUCCUUUUUCAGAUCAAAAUAAAUGUUUGUUUUCCAUUUUAUAUAUACAUAUAUAGAUAUAUAUUAACUGCUUACCUACUUCCUUGGUUACUAACCUCACUUUUCAUAGACCUGGUCUUUUUUGGAAUCGUAAACUUUAUGUGAGGAAGUCUACAAAGGGCACUGUGGUUUGUUUUGGUUUUCUUUUUUCCUCUCUGACUGCAGGAAUUGAGAAUUAUGUUUAUUACCAAAACCAUAAAACAAGCAAAAAAAAAGGAGCAAAAAGUUUUUGUAAAUGUUAAGUUAGGUCCAUAUUUUUAUAUAGUUUUGACUAUAAAUAUAGCAUUUGCAUUUUGAACUUUUAAGACAAAUAGUAUAUCUUUUUACAGUUUUUCUAAGGAAGGCAAACCCUCAGGAUCAAGUUUAUACAUGCUGCAUGAGAUUUGUGCUUUUUUGAAGGAGGCCACUUAAGUGUGGAAACUAUUGAUAAAUUGUUGCCAAACAAAUACUUUUGAAAAGGUUUAAUAGUGUAUGUAAUACCACAUUUCAUAACGAAUCAUAUUUUCUAAUCAUCUUCCUUUUUAUGGUUUUUUCAAAUCCUUUGUAUAAAUAUGUAUUAUAACAGCUUGCUUCAGUUUUUAUCUGUGAAUAAAAGAUACAUCUAUUGUUA